UAUGAGAAAAUGCCUCCUGCAAACUACACGGAAGUAACUGAAUUCAUCCUCUUGGGACUAACUGAGGAUCCAGAACUACAGAAGAUUCUUUUCCUUGUGUUCCUAGUGAUCUACAUCAUCACCCUGGUAGGGAAUCUGGGCAUGAUCAUUCUGAUCCAUAAGAGUCCACGACUCCACACUCCCAUGUAUUUUUUCCUCAGUCAUCUCUCCUUCGUUGAUUUAUGUUAUUCUUCCAACAUCACCCCUCAGAUGCUAGUUCAUUUCCUCUCAGGGAGAAAAUCUAUCUCUUAUGCAGGAUGUUUUAUCCAGUGUCUUUCCUUCAUUGCCUUGGUGAUCACAGAAUUUUAUAUCCUUGCUUCAAUGGCCAUUGAUCGCUACGUGGCCAUCAGCAGCCCUCUGCAUUACAGCACCAAAAUGAGCCAGAACGUCUGUCUAUCCUUGGUCAUUGUUCCCUAUGUCUAUGGUUUCCUGAAUGGCCUUUCCCAGGCUCUAUUGACCUUUCACUUAUCCUUCUGUGGACCCAAUGAAAUUAACCACUUUUAUUGUGCUGACCCUCCUCUCCUGUUACUGUCCUGCUCUGAUGUCUAUGUCAAAAAAAUGGCCAUGUUCAUAGUAGCUGGCUUUACUUUCUCAAGCACUCUCUUAAUAAUUCUCUGUUCUUAUAUUUUCAUUUUUGCUGCCAUUUUGAGAAUCCUAUCUGCUGAAGGCAGGCGCAAGGCUUUUUCCACAUGUACAUCUCAUCUAAUGGCAGUCACUCUCUAUUAUGGGACCCUCUUUUGUAUGUACUUAAGACCUCCUUCUGAGCAGUCUGUGGAGGAAUCUAAAACGAUUGCUGUCUUUUAUACCUUUGUUUGUCCCAUGUUAAAUCCCUUGAUCUAUAGCCUCAGAAACAAGGAUGUCAUUGAGGCCAUGAAUAAAAUGUUCCAGAGAAAACUCUUUGUAAAAAUGAAAGGAUGCAUUACAUAG